AUGGACAUACCAAGGGUCUCUCGGCAGAUGACAAUACAGGUGCCGUCAUUAGUGGCCUUGUUUGACUUGACGCUGUCGUCAGCUCAAGCAGCUCGCUUGCCCUCGGAUCCUCCCUUGAUAUGUCAAAGGCCAAGAUUAGACAAGAAUUUUAAGACCACGGCAGAAGCUAUUGCUAUCAUCUAUCUCAGGAUCGAGCUACUAUUUUUAACGCUGGCCUAUGUAGCCAUUCGGGUCGCAGUGCCGAGAAGGCUUGUAACGAGGUCGUUUGAGAGCUUCAAGGCACAGUCGUGGCGCUACAGUGAUUGGAUGAAGAGCAUCUUUGACAAGUCGAAGCAUCAUGACUUUGAAACUGUGGCCGUUGACAAGAUGUAUUGUGUGCCUCGAGCCAGCCGGCAUCCGAGGAUGUGGGCGAGAAACAGCGCGGCCGCCUACUCUGUGCUGCAAGGAUCUCCCCACAAGAUAUGCUUGGGUAGCAUCUGUAGAUUUGGUGCCUCCACGUUGGGACUCUUAAUUCAGGGCUGUAACUGCCCGAUGGGCAAUUGUCAAUCCGAUAUGGGGCCUCAUCCCACUAGAGACACUGUCAAGUAUUCGUAUAGUUUUGAGAGCAAUGCUAUCCCACACAGAUUACCGAAACCACAGCACUUUCUAUAG